AUGGAUCUACCUGUCGUUCCUUCCGAGGUUGAUCCCUCUCAGCCAAACUCAUUCAUUCCUUUCUCUGCGCCUGCACCGUAUCGCUUCGCUGUUACCUCUGCGCUGUCAGGACGCAAACGGGGACUUGGUCAAGGACAUCACGACUUCGUCAACGAUGGAAAGACUCGUAGACUCGAUGAGGUGAAUGCUCAGCGUCGCAAUGCUCUGCCACUUGAGCUCCGAGACGUAGGAACCCAGGAAACCUACAUGGUAGACAGCAUGUCGGAGGCUAAUGCUCGGAUUCAACUCGCUGCCCGAGCUCGCGCCGUAGAAGCUGCAGGCCGGGCCGGUCUCGCAGCCCUUGACACUCGCCUACAGCUGAUGAUGCAAGCAAAUGGAAACCUUCUGGUUCCAAAUGCGCAGGCGUAUCCUCGUACACAACACGCGAGUACAUCGUCAAUACGAUACGCAACACCUUCGGGCCACCCGCCUCCUGUGGCUGCCCAACACGAACCCGUCAGUUCAUACACGAACUACUCCCUGCCAAUGGACGACGUGGACUUCACUGAGUACGAGUACGACACUCCGAGCAAUGCGCCUGCUCCUACAUACACGACAGGUCAAGUCGUUGUAUAUCAGGCCCCCCCUGUCUCGAAUAUGUACCCAACGUACCCCGGUCCACCCGUUCCCAUUAAUACACGUCUAAGCCCAACGCCCUCUGCGCCCUCUACUCUGGUUACUCGUCCGGCCGACUGUGCCGGCAACUCAUACGACACCUGUCUCGCCUCAGUCCCCAGCCCUGUCUGCUGUUUCAUAUGCAUCUCGUACUCCGACGCCUCCGCAAGGUUCGCAGUCAGCUCUGCCCGGGGUGCCUCAGGUUACAGGACUCCUAUUGCCUCGGGCUCUGCUCCACCAUCGGCGUCGCAUGCACAGCUCGACGUCUUUUCCAACGUAGAGCAUCGCGUCUAUCCGCAACCUGUGCGGUCAUCCCAGUUCCCUCAAUCUUCUAGCACCAACCAACCAAGCCAUGCCAAUACUGUUGAUGUGGACAUCGACAUGGAUCAAUACAAGCAAGUCAGGCCCGGCUCAUUGGGAAAGAACCAUCAUUCUCCGUUGGCAAACAAGUCGCCCGGCCUCACGGGGCAGCUACAGACCAGGCUCUCCGCCGGCAAUCUUCAUUGCAGCUUCAACAACAACCCGCUCGACCACUCCGGAAGGCUGCAGAGGAGAGUCUGGGUGGCAUCAUCGAUGGCUCACCAUAUCCCGACGUCGGUCAACCCGGUGCCUCAUGCUAGCUCACUUCCAGAUCCACCUGCAUCUCGUGUCCCCAUGCCGACUGAACCUGGGACACUGCCUUCCGAAGAUCACACUGCCACGGAACCUGGCGAGGGUGAUGCUCCCUUUUUCGAGAGCUCGACGAAGGGGAAGGCGUAUCGGGUACCAAGCCCAGUGUUCCCUGCUGCCGAACCUUCGGGGGGGCCCUCAGGAUUCAUGUCAUCGCAAUUCGCAGCCCUUCUGCUUCAGCAGUUCAAGCAGCUGAACAAAUCACUCCAGUCGAUCGUUGACGAGAACCGCCAGUCGCAGGCAGCCUUGACUGCAGAAUUGCGAGACAUUCGGAGUCAAAUAGCAGCAAUCGAGACGACCAGUGCGAAGACAGGCAAGUGCGCUGACAAGAACGAUGAGAUGGAGGUCGAAGAAGAGCUAGGCCGGAUAACCAAUGAAGACGACCAGUCGAGCGAUAACAAGGUCACACAACUUCCGACUCGGCGGCGGCAUCGUCGUCAAAUGACGAAACCGGCGGCACUGCGAGAUCCGGCGCUGAAACCGGGCUUGACGAACCUUCAGCACUGGGUUCGUACGCAUCUUGACACAUUGUUUGGUGUCACAGCAGUCGCAGAGGUUCUCAAGAAGAAUCCACCAAUCACAGAUGAGGAGAUGCAAAGCUACAUGGAUGACGAAGGUGAAGUGACAUGUACCAUACAAAACUUCCGCGUCGACUUCACACGGCCGCCUUUGUGUACCUUCAAUGCUGAGGCCAGGAGCAUUUUCGUGGAAAACUUCCUUGCCUGUCACCGUGCUGGCCAUUUUAAGGACAAGCCCAUCCCGAACACCUUCCUAGCGCCACUGAUGGUUAGCUCUGUAUACGAUACGCACAUGGAGCACCGUCGGAAGACCUACAAAGCGCACAUGAAGCCAUUGAGUCUCGAAGAUGCUCAACUCUACAAGAAGCGGAAGGCGGCGAAUAGUCGUCGACGAACAGUGCAUGCACUGAUGAUCUUUUAA